UCCACAUAUUGACGUCAGUAAAAAGCUCGUUCAAAAAUAUACUUUUUAUUACAUAUUUCUUACUUUAAUUUCACCCAAAGUCCUCCUAAGAAAGGUAUGUUACAUGGAACUGACUUGAUAUAUUUUCGUUAUGCCUGAUUGUUCUGAAAGUUUUGCUACUUAAGUAAAAAACAUUUCGAUGGGCAGACGCCAUAUUGGAUUGAGUAAGGCUCAGUGACAAACUGGCCUACACAGCAGUGUAAAAUUGAUCUAGAAUUACGCUGAAUUCUUUCUGAUAUCCAAUAAUUAUACUCAAAUGACUGCCUGAUACCUUAAGUGGCACAUCUGACCAUCAAAAUGAGCACAUCAGAUAUGAAGAGGAGUAAACGGAGACGGAAUAAACGGGGUGGUGGUGCCGUUAGUGGCAAACCCAGUCGGCAACAAAAGCAAGCAGGAAUAGGCGAUCAGAUACUAACAGCUGCCAAAGUGUCCACUACAUUGUCUGAGUUGGAUCUUGACAACAUUCCACAGCCCUUGACCAAACUGCCCAUGCGAGCCAACAACCCGUACCUUCAACAAGAUGGAGAACACUGUCUGCUAUGUAGGAGGGAACGCCCAGACCUGCCCGCCCAAAAGAUACCCCCGGUCACUGAAGACGCUAAAGACAGCAACCAGUCCAUUAUAACCCAGGCUCCAUUGUGGCUAUGCCCAGACUGCAGGCGCACUGUUGAGGAAGAUGAGAGAAAUGCAACACGGAACUCACAGCCCCCUCUGUUGCCGCAGGAGUUUCUUCUGCAGCCAUCCUUAUCCCCUUUACUUAAACUCGACGGUACUUUCAAUGUUCCUGCGGGGCUGCUGGGCACUGCCGCGGUCAAAGGCAGCGAGGCGACCUGCAGCUGUGAACCGUGUCGAGAGAGAAGGGAAAUAGCUGCAGAACAAGAACUGGUACGGCAGCAGCUUGCAGAGAGCUGGAGUGAGCUCAGCCAUGUAGUACGAUGCGUCUACUGUGAAGCGGGUACCGCUCUGGCAGAAAAUGAAGACAGUUCCAAGUUGAGCCUACCCCGCAUGAAGGAGCUCCUACACAGGCUGUGUACCCACGAUCCCCACCAACUCUUCCUGCAACUAGAGCUUGAGGUAGACGACUACGUGAAGGAGAUCGGAGGACGACUCAGUCGCCAGCUAGCCAUCGGCUACAAGUCGCUACAUCUGGCCAAGCAGUUUGUCAGCAUGCUCUUGGAGGAGUACGACGAUCUCUGCUCGGCUGCUAAGACUCUAUCGGCAGUUCUAGAUGAGCUGGAGAAAGAGCACCUUACCAAGUUCCAGUUAACGUGGCUCAGGCACAACAUGCACAUGUUUCAUUCCACUGUCUAUGUGACGCUAGGGCUGAGGGAGAAAUUCACCUGUCUCAUCAAUGAGCUAAGGCAAGGCACUGGGAGCAAAGAAGCCUGCUUGCUGCAUAGAUAUCUCAAGUUUGACGAAGCCAUGUCCGUGAUUUCUGUCGAGUGGAGAGACUCGGAGCAACUUAUUAACAAAUACCACGAGGAACAGAUGGCACAGGAUUGUCUAAAGACCAAACAGCAAACACUUGGGGUAGACUGGGAGUUUCUGAAGACGCAGAAGAUCUUCGCAGACCACAGCGGGCUCAAGACACAUCUUGGUCAUGUGGGCAAAGAGGCAGCCAACUCUGUCAAGUCUCGAACGGCAAGUGGUGUGCUGGGGCGGCUACUGAAUGGUGGUGAGGCAGAACACAAGGGAUCUACAUGCAAAAAAAGGUGCCCAUGUGAUGAGUGCAGCAUCGCCAGACUAACGUCUAGUCUCCUGACUCCUGACCUAUACGAGGAGUACGGUUUGAAGAAUCUAGACGGUGCCAAUCCAGCGCAGCUUUCGGCUCUCGACACGUACCUUCAGUCAAUCAACCCUCCCGAUCUAUCCUCAUCAUCAUCCUCGUUGGAAUGCUCGUAUGAAUGUUCAUCUGAUAGCGAUGGUGUGCCGCCGAUAUUCUCACGGGGUGACCUCACACAAUCAGGGUUCAGUUCUCCAAGGAGCGAGGAGUCGGAAGACUCAGACGAUCUAGAAUCCGAGACUUCCCCGUCGCCAACCCACAAUGCAGGCACGGAGGAGGAGGGCAAAGACAAGACAGAGAGGAGGGUGAAUGGAGACGGCAGUAGCCUCUCCAAGAAAGCGGCAAGAGAUGGCAAUCUUAAGGAAUCCGGGAAUCGUUCUUGUUCCUGUAGAGCGUGCACGGAGAGUCAUAAGGUCCUCUCCUCUACGUUUGGGACGGGUACUGUCGCCGACAAGCUCGACCUGACCUCUCAACCCCAGUCCUAUCUCUUCUAUCCCAACCUACCGAACCAUCAACCGUUGGAUCUCAGUCAUCACGGCAUUACAGCCAAGCAUCCCUUCAUUCAUCCGCACCUCUAUAACCUAACCUCGCAGAAAACGACCAAAGUGACGACGUGUCCGCAGCAGCAGUUACCCCAGCAGCAGCAGCAGUCGCCGCAGCCGCCGUUGCAGCAAACAUCUUUCCAGCUGAACGUGGAUUCCCAAGAUUCACUACGGGAUCAUCUGGGGAAUGCGUACGGCGAUUGGAAGAGCGGUGCCUUUGAGAGUGCUAAGAUGAUGCUUAACUCUAGGGGCUACAGCGGGAACAACACCGAUCCCGACCUACUGCAGAGUGUGCGAGCGGCACUCCAUCAGUCCAACUGUAAGGCUGCGGCAGAGAGGGCGCCGUCACUAAACAUGUCAGCGCCAGAGCAACCCUGCAAGCAGCAUGCGGGGAAGUUGCAGAAGGAGGCUGGCGCGAGUAAGAAGAAAGCUAAUCAUGUGUGUGCUGAAGCAACUACAAACGGCACGUCUGCAGCGACAACGGCGAAGGAACAGGUGGCGCAGCACCACCACCAUCACCACAGCAGUCAGUCCUCUUCCUCAUCCACAGAUAGUGCAAAAAAAUCCAGAGCUGACAGCAACGGGGCCGACCGCUGUGCCAAACACUCCCUGGCCGCCUCCAAGACACCAUCCACGACAAGUGCUAUUAUGCAGGCAUACCAACAGCAGUGCAGUCAGUUGGGGCAUACAGGCAUCAUGUCCAACGGGAUGCAUGGAGGUGGAGACGCACCGCCCCAGGGCAGCAAAAAGAAGAAAACUGAAGAGGAUAUCGUCAGGGUCGAUGCAAACUUGGGCUUAGCAACGGACUGUGUUGAUGAGAGACCUCUGCAGUCCUGUAUUCACCAUGGCCAUUCUUCCAGUGCAGGGGUGAUAGAUCCCCAGACCGGCCUGUGUACUAGCGCAAUGCAGACAGCCACCAGCACUCCAACGUCAGCCAGUGUGUGCAGUGAUCCUGACUGCGAAACGCAUAACUUCAUAAAUGAUGAUGACAUGUAUGGGGGAUGCUACGAAGACCGAGGAGGUGCAAAUGGUAACCGGGAGAGAGAGUCCAAACACUGUGACUGCUGCUACUGUGAAUUCUUUGGCCACGGUGGGCCACAGCCUGCACCAACUAGUCGGAACUACACAGAGAAUCGAGACCGGCUAAGACUGAAGCUUAGAGACAGGAAACAGAGGCCCAAGGACCAGUCCCCUUCCUCUGCCGAUCACAACCACGAGUGCGACCAGUUUGACCAUCUGGACCUCGAAGAUGACAGGACGCUAGAAGACUUGGUGUCUUUCAUCAACGGUGAGAAGCAACGGGAGAAGACCAACGCUAAGACAAAAGCUGCAAAGAGACAUCGGCAGAAACAGAGGAAGGCUGAAGAGAAAGCUAAACACGACGAGCUAGAAGAAGUCUUGAGAGGUCUAGCGAGGGAAGAAGAAAAGCGAAAAGAGGAAGCUGCAGCAGCUGCAGCUGUGAAACUACUACAGAAGCAACGGGAGCGUGACAGAGCGGAAAAACAGCAGCAAUUAAAGCAGCAGCAACUGAAGCAGCAGAUGAAAAAUGGCAAAACAGAGGCUCCGUCAUUAAAGAUAAAAAAGAAAGGCACGCGAGAUGGUGUCUUGCAGCAUCCGCAGCAACAGCAACAACAGGGUCCUAAGCAGCAGCAGAAAAGCAGCCAAAGCAAUGGUACGUGUACUGCCUCGGUGCAACUGAAGCAGUCCGCUAGUCGACAGUCUCCAACUAAGCAGGUCGCAGCACACCAGGCAACCAAACAACAGCAUCAGGCAGUCCCCAGUGAAAAACCCAAUGUUUCCACAAAGGCUUCAGCCAACAAAGAAAAGAAUAAACAGCAGGGUCUGAAGCAAGACAACUUAACAACAACAGCGGCACAGCAGCACAAUAAACAAUCAGAGAAGAAUCAGAAGAACCAACAGCAGCAUCAAGCCAAACCAAAGCAAACCGCAGAGCAGGACGGCAACUGUACCAACAAUCUGCAGCAGAAUGGCAAGUUAACCAUCAAGAAAAGCACGGAGAGCAGCGGUGGCGGCGACAGCAACGUCCCAUCCAAGAAGACCGCCGCAGCACCCACUGCUGCCAACCCAACAAAGGGCAGCACUAAGAAGCAACAACCAGAAAGCCAGCAUGAGAACCAUCACAAACAGAAAGAGGACCUCAAGCACAGAGCAGAUCCAAAGGAGAAGAAUCACGUCAUGGGGAAGACGCCCACCCAGUGUCAACAACAACAACAACCAUCCAAGAAGGCAGACGGUCAGUCAUCUGUCCCUAAACAGGACAAGGCGGCCAUUAACGGCAUUGGUGGGGACUCUCAGGCGAUGAGCAACGGCAGUCUGAAGAAGAAGAAAAAGAAAAGGAGUUCUUCUGAAAAUCCUAAUGCUUCCAUUGAUGAGAUCUUCAUGCCAAAGGAGAACGCAGACAUGGCCGAGAUGGAUGAGACAGAAAGAGAGAUUGAGGACUUUAAGAGAUUCUGCAUGGCGGCAACUCCUGCCCCCAACAAGGAGAAGGUUGUGUUUAGCAUCAAGGAACUGACCCUGAAGAAGGGUUCCGUGGCUGCACACUGACCAAUGACACUGAAACAACAUAAACUUACCCCUCUACUUACUAAAGAAACUAUCGUUAGCCUCAUAUUCAUCAAGUCAUAUUGUUCACAACCCUUAUGCCCGAUUCAUGCUUCAUGCGAAUGUUGUUGCGAUUCAAAUGUGAUGUCUCGCAGGAGUUGAGCACUAGUCAACUGAUACAAAUUAUGCGUUGCGAGUUUGUGACGUCAAAUUUCGUAUCGCAUUCGCAGCAAGUAUGAAUCGGACAUAAAAUUAAGAGGUCUUGAUGGUGUUUAAAUGGUAGACUCUCUAAGAUAAAGAUAAGGCAAUGGGAGACUUGCCAGGAAAAUCAAAUGUUCUCGAUAUCAUGCGCAUGCUCAGAACUAUGCGAACAUUGGAAAGUGACUUUGUGAGUCUGCUGCCACCUAGCAUUCCAAAGUUUCCCAUUGCGAUAGAGUAGAUCGUUCAACACCAAGAAAACAUCAAUACCCAGAUUAUACAGAACAUUGUUGAAAGGGAGAUGACCCCUGAUUUCCCAACCCAAGCUGGUGGCUUGUAAACCAAAAAGUCUGUCAGGUUUUUUGGACAAUGAUUAUCAAAAGAAAAUACUUCUUGCGACAAUUUUGACUGAAAGAGCAAUUAACCUGCACUGUAUAGGUUUAGUGUGUGACUACAUUUAUAGUAAUGAAAAAAACAAAACUUGAGUACUCUGGAGAUGUGUUUGGUUGAUUUGGGAGUAGUAUUGCUAGAGACGAGUCACUCGGAUAAUUUUUUUUCUUCUUAAUCAAGCUUUUGACUCGUUGUUUGAAAAAAAUUUUUAAAGAGGAAACAAAGUAUUGUAACGGACGGUUGUAUUAAGAAUCGCUGAUGAAUUUUUAGACAGAAGUUUCUGUAAUUGUAACUAAAAACUUAUGAAGUUGUCGAUGAUAUCGCAAACAGAUUUUUUCAUGUAAAAUGUCUGGAAUAUAUUUAAAAUUUUGACAUUUCCCCCCCCCCCAAAAAAGCAAAAGUUGUGUCGUUGCCUAUUUAAAUGUCAUCCAAACUUGUUGGUCCCAAACUGUGGCAUAUGCUCCUGUACCUAUAAACUUUGUAAUCCUAUAACCAAACUUUUUUUUUCACAUAAUAAUACUAGUCCAAGUAGUAGCGGUAGCCUUUUUAGAAUUUUUUUUAUGAAUAUUCAUGUUGUUAUAGAGACAUCCACUCAUGUUUCUUAUUGGUCAGUGUGCUAGCGCAAGUUCCCCCCUUCAGUUGGAUCGUAGCAAGACGUCGUCUGUGAAGAGAUUUUCCAGAGAGGAGGUGGAGCUAGCGUGUCAAUGAAACCCUAGUUGUGGAUGCAGAUGUAUGGAAGAGCAUGGUAUUGUGUAAAGCUCUCUCUGACAGGUUCAAAUUGGAUUAUCAAACCAGUUCAAACUGGAAUUGACCCAGUGUGAAAACGUGGAGGAAAUUUGAAGUUGCAAUCAAGGAUUGCAGUUGAUUGUUGUUUGCUCGUGAUUGCGAUCAGACAAAGAAGAUAUCACAAGGAGUUCAUGCCAGAGGAGUGUCUUGGCUAGCUUGCAGUCCAGACAUUGGAGUUGCAGGUUUCUCACUGUGACCUACUCUCCUACAUAUUAUGGUUUGAACUUAGAAAAAAAGCAAAAAGGCAUUAUUGAUGGAAUUGGUUGACCAAAAUUAAGUUUGAUUGACUGGGCCAGCAAAGAAAACCGGACCAGGGCACAUCAUACUGGUUUCAACCAGUUUAAACUGGUUUAAAGGGGGGGGGGGGAGGAUUUCACCGGACAUUGGCGAUUCCACUUCUGGUGAAGGCUUGAAGCGAAUUGAAUUGAAUUGAGUUGAAUUGUACAGAAGAAAACAAAAUGUGAGAAAAAUAAUAAUAAUCUUGUGCCUUUUAUUGACUGGAGAACAUACUUAUGCACUCACUGGCAGUUAUGAUAACACAAAAGUGUUUUUUUUUUCUUUCUAAUUGGUAAAAAGCCUGUGCUAAGCGUUGCAAAUUGUGCUGCGAGUUAAAGUCGAACAUGUGCGCUUGGAUUAUGCAAAUUGAGUGGUGUCAUAUGACUAUUAAUAGUUUAAUAUGAGGAUACACCGGUGUAGUUAAUCACCAAUUACAUUGAUCUGCUCUGCUGCAGAGUUCUACGCUGAGACCUAUGCUAAGCAGCAUAGUUUAUGCUAAGUAGAGGCUGCAAACAGAAGAGCAAUACUGGUGAGAGCAUACUCUGCCUCGUGUGUACGACUUGUUAUACAGCCAGGUAUCAAGUACUGAAUGCAUUGUAGCUGUUGUUAAAGGUUCCGUGUGUAAAAAAAACGGGCCGAGGUUGCUUGCACUUUUUACCAAAAUCAAUGGAUUCUAAGAUAACCGUCUUUAAAGCCAUUUGAAAACUGUGACGUGUACGAUAAUGUGAAGGUGUUGUAUUGACCAGUGCUGGUCCGUUUGUCUCCAAAUGCUGUUGAGUUUUUAAACCGUUGUUAAUGAAAAAUGUUCGACCGCAGUGUUAAACAGAUUCACACAAACUACUCUUCCUGUAAAUGUAAUAAAACAAUUGUUGUAUUAAAGUAGGCUGGACUGGCUGUGUAUGAUUGAGUGUAAUUCUGACAAAAAGGCGCACUCUGUGUGUGUGGUUUGUGUGAGAAUGAGAGUCUAUGAAUAACCCUGCUUCUGGGGUGCGGGUUUUUUGGCCGGGUGUUGGACGAUCAGGAAAGUGGGCAAUUGCUGCAUGUCCUCAUUACUGCUUGAUUAAUCAAAACAAGAUGACCUGGUUCUAGGCUUGAUGCCCAUGGUAGCAGGUAACGUAGUGCUGUAUGGUGGGGAUACUACUGUCUACAUAGAACGCGUGUGAUAUCAAAAUAAACUAUGUAGGAACCUCUUAAAUGGAUGAUGCAAGUGUCAA